ACAUGAAGUCCCUGCGAUUCCUCGCUGCUGAGGGCUUCAUCCAGACUUGUCCGAGUGCUCUGGAGAACCUCAGCUGUGUGCCUUUUAACCUCUACCCGCUCGUCUUCAAGGCCUGCUACCUCCAUGAGCAGGCCGACCUGCUACAUGCUUUGGUCCAGACUUGGCCUCUUCCUGAGCUCAACCUACAAAGACUUCUGGGAAAGACAGUCGACUGUGAGUUGGAUCUCACCUCCUGCACCUGCCGGCUUUGUCUGGUAGCAGUUCUGACUGGCCUGAAGGAUUAUGUGCUGUCUCCUCCAAGAACUUAUGCCAAGAACCUGCAUGUGGUGGACCUGACUGCCCUUAAGGACAUUGAGCAGCAGACCUGCCGCUGUCGGUCCACGCUGGGUCGAUGGGCGAGAACCCAGCUCCUGACCCAAAUGUGCUAUGAGACCAUGGUGGCCAUGCAGGCCAGUGAUGUGUCCCGAUCCGCCUUUGAAACCUCCAUCGACAUCCGUCUGAACGGCUUCGUCACCGGCCGUAACUACGAGCUGGUGGCUCAGGCCUUCUUGCUCCUCCGCUACUGUCCUCUGAAGCUUCGUUUUGUCAGUUUCAGGGCUGAUUCUCUCGCUCUCAAGCAGCUGUUCUACAUUCUUCGCCUAGCAGAGCCUGAGUCCAUCACAAAGCUGGAAGUGGUCCACAAUGUCCCCCUGGAGGCCACACAUCUGGAGGUGCUGCUGUCCAGGGUGGAAUUCCCUAAGUUGCAGUCUCUAACGCUGCCAGCCGGGGCCCUGGAUGUGAGGAGGCUGAGCUCUUUAGAUGGGGAUCUGUUGGCCACCAUUGGCAACCUGCUGGCACAGCUGAGCAGCCUCACCGAGCUCUAUGUCGGAUUUUCCACUCUCACUGGACACCUACGAAGGCUGCUGAAUCCUCUUAACACACCACUGCAGUAUUUGGAGUUGGCCAACUGCUGCCUGAACCGUGUUGACAUGACGUACUUGGCCAACAGCCUCCACAGCGAGUCCCUGGUUCACCUGGACAUCAGUGGACAUGACAUCUUUGGCUCUUUCUCAACCUCCGUCCUCAAACUGCUCGGACGUUGUUCCACAACCCUGGUGAGCCUGACCCUUGAAGAAUGCAACAUAGAGGACGAGCACGUUGACGCCUUCAUUAGCGCUCUGACUCUCUGUCAGGGUCUGGAGGAGCUCAAGCUCCUGGGAAACCCUCUGACCUCUGCUGCCCUGAAGAGAUUAUUCUCCACAUUAUCUGCAGGGUUUCCUAAGUUAAGGUACAUAGAGGUACCAGUGCCUCGUGAAUGCUACUCCGAGGACGUCACUUAUCCUCUUGAUGAUGCGGUCUUGCUGCGGUACAACAAGGAGCUGUUUCAGGAGAUCAAGAGCCAGCUGAUGGGCAUCCUGGAGGGAGCUGGAAGAGGAAGUGUGGAAGUGUGUACUCCUCUCUUGGGGUCCUAUGAUCCUGACAUUCAUGAAACCAGCAAUGAGCUGGGGGUGUCCAUGUUGAAGUCUUUUAAUACAGUCAUUGGGAAUUUCAUCAGUACAAUAACUGAUGUGGACAGCAGGAGAUCACAGGCUCACAAAAAUGACUGAGGCUUCCUGUAGAAGGAUAAAAGAGCUGACAGAAAAGUCUUGAGCUCAGAUUUUAUAUAAAUCUGGACAUGUGUAAAGCAGAUCUUUAGAACUUAUAGAAAUGUUGUAUGUUGACUGAGGGGGCCCCUGGACAGUUUGUUAGUUGUGAGGAUGUGUUCUUAAGCUAUACUCAGCUGUUCCCUCUGGUCUGUGCUUGACUAGAGGCCUAGACUGUGAAAACAGAUUUAUUGAGCCAGGUUUAUUUGGCUAUAGAUUAACAUCAUACAUGCAGGAAUUCCAUACUAUAUGAUUUUACUACACUAUUGCAUCAUAGGAUCCUUAUUUUCUUUGAACACCUCUUA